GGGGUCGAGUUUAAUUCCCCUUUCUGCCCUGCUGUGAUGAGUGUGGAGCUCCAGUAGGGGUCGCUGUGGGCGUCUCGGUCGCGAUCCGCCACACAUUGAGAGAAAUAGAAGAAGCCGUGCGGCAGUUUUGCUGAUUGAUGAGCUGAGCUCUCCGACUCUACUAAUCAUCUUUCCAUUAAACUCUUUCUGACAGGGUUUUACCCCCACAGUUCCAUCUGAUCCGUUGUGGGGGAUUUGAGGUGGUUAACUGCGUUCUGCUGGAAACAUCAAGAUAUGAGUGCUGUCUUCUCCUGCUGUCCUCUUUCCUUCAAAUGAAGUUUAUAUUUGCUAAAAUAGCAACAGAUCCGACUAUGAUGAAGUCAGCUGAGAUUACGUAUGAACAUCUGGCACCCAUGAGGAGCUCCAGUAGUCCGCAAACGUUGUUCUCUUCUAAUUUACCUGGGAACCCCGCUCAUAGACGAGUACAGAAUGAAAGUCACCACUGCGCAGUGUGUGGGAAAACCUUCAGUAAAAGGAGUAAUCUGAAGCAACACCAGCUCGUUCACAGUGGAGAGAAGCCGUAUCAGUGCUCGGACUGUGAGAAGACUUUCGCUAAAAGGAGUAAUCUCAAACAGCACCGUUUUGUUCACACGGGAGAGAAGCCGUAUCAGUGCUCGCAGUGUAGUACAAGUUUCACUCAAAAGGUUCAUCUCGUACGACACCAGCACGUUCACACAGGAGAGAAACCGUAUCGGUGCUCGCAGUGUGAGAAGAGCUUUAUUGACAGCAGCAGCCUCAUAAAACACCAGCGCGUUCACACCGGAGAGACAGUCUGUCGCUGCUCGCUGUGCGGUUAUAGCUUUACCUGCCUCAGUAACCUGAAGCGACACCAGCGCAUUCACGAAGGACAGAAACCGCAUCGGUGUUCAGAGUGCGGGAAGAGUUUUAUCGAUCGAGGGAAUCUGAUAAAACACCAGAAAACUCACUCGGGAGAGAAGCCAUAUCAGUGCUUACACUGUGGAAGGAGUUUUACACAAAGAUUUAAUCUCCACCAGCACCUGCACAUUCACACGGGAGAGAAGCCGUAUUACUGCUCAGAGUGCGGGAAGGGUUUUAAUCGCGAGUACACUCUUCAACUCCACCAACAGGUUCAUACAGGGGUUAAACCCUAUUACUGCGCACAGUGUGGGGGGCAUUUCAGCAGUCUGAGUAAUCUCAAACAGCACCAGCGCAUUCACACAGGAGAGAAACCGUAUCAGUGUUCAGAGUGUCAGAAGAGUUUUAGUUCGAGCGAUACUCUCAAAAACCAUCAGCGAAUUCACACAGGAGAGAAGCCGUAUCAGUGCUUAGACUGCGGGAAGAGUUUCACGCAAAUGGGUCAUCUCCAACAACACCAGCGCGUUCACACAGGAGAGAAACCGUAUCAGUGUUCGGAGUGUCGGAGGAGUUUUAGUUCCAGCAUUACUCUCAAAACCCAUCAGCAGAUUCACACAGGAGAGACGCUGCAGCACUGUUUGGAGUGCAGCAAGACGUUCUGUUCGCGGAGAACUUUUCAGCAGCACAUGCUUACUCACGCAGCUGUGAGCGAGGACGUGCUGCAGUUCUCGUGAAAAAGUCUCAGAACUUGCUUUCUUCUCAAGACUUAUUUUCGUUACACACUUUUCGUACUGAACCACUUUGUAUGGUUUGGAAAGCAUCACUGUACUGUUCCAAAGAAG